CCAUUCCUUCUCGUUUUCGGCGAUGAUGUUUCGCUUUUCACGAGAGCUUCCGGGAUUUGUGUAUUUAGGAAGGCUUUUAUCUUUAACUUCGCUUAGAUUUUACAGGAAAAUGAAUACAGAGGUAGUUAUUGACAAAAGGAUACCUGAUAAGUGGAGAGACUAUAAACCAUGUGGGGUACCCAUACCAGGAGAGAGAAUUAUUGCAUUUAAGACACCUUUGUCACAUCGAUAUGACAAUGAAAGUGAUCAAGACAAUGGAAUCAAACCGCAUGAAAGGUUUACACCGAUGGAUCUGCUGAAUUGCCUCAACCGAAAGCAUAUAAAACUUGGAAUGGUUGUGGACUUCACUAACACUUACAGAUAUUAUAAUUACAGGGAGCUCUCUGACCAUGGCAUACUUCAUUGCAAGAUCAAAUGUGUUGGAAAAGAAAUUCCAGAUGAAAAUGUGGUAACAAGGUUUAAGACUGAGGUCUGCAGCUUUCUGGAUAAGAGGAGUAACCCAGAUGCUGUUGUUGGGGUCCACUGUACUCAUGGUCUAAACAGAAGUGGUUAUGUAGUUUGUAGAUAUCUUAUUGAAUGCAGAGGAUACACCCCUGAAGAGGCUAUCAAAGCAUUUAAUAAAGCUCGAGGACAUGAUAUGGAGCGUGAGAAUUACCUGGAGGAUCUUCAUAAAAAAAUCCCCGAAUUCGAUUUCACGUCUUUCGUUCGUGUUGGGGAUAACCGGAAACAGGACGAAAUUCAAUUUGACAGACCAAGACAUCUCCAUACCAACUCAAGAUAUGCCUCAAGGAACGACGCAUUUGAAGAGAACAAAACAAACUCGAGAUCUUCUAACUACAUCAGGGGAAGUACAAGUGGUUACAACGACUUCAGAUCGCGUUAUCAACAAGUCGAUCGUUAUCAACCUACAGGCACCCCAACCCAACGUAGACAUUACACGGAAAGGAGGUUUAGAAGUGAACGACACAGGGAAGAUAAUCAUGAUACUUAUUCUCGCUACGAUGAUUCUGAUAGAAUUUAUUAUAAUCCUGAACGUGACCAUCGUAAUCAUCCCGAAAGGAAUUAUAAUGAUCACGGUGAUGGUUAUUUUUAUUCUGAUAAUUACUGUGAAUAUGGUAGGGAAUAUGAAACAUAUGCAAGCUCCAGUCGACCUAGAAGAAGUCGAGAGGACUCUUACAGGCGCGAUCACGUAAAGAGAACUUCCUUAGUUAGGGAUCGACCGAAGCCCUACACUCAGCGCAGAAAAGAACGUUCUUAAAACUAAAAGGUCAAGGUUCAUUAUUAUUUUUACUUCAAAGGGCUUAGAUGAUCUAGUGUGCCGUGAUGGGUUUCCUAAGUCAUGCCACCUUCACGAACGAUCAGAUUCAAAACUAGAAUCAAUCGCGACUUGUUUCCAUUCCUUUCACCCAGCUACAGGUAGUUGGUUAGUUGUUGCUUCCAGUCAUUUGGAUUACUUCUGGUUAUUGCUUUUCGACAGCGCCCUAAGAUUCGUGUAUUGCAAGCUACCACAUUUUAAUCGAAAAAAAUUUUAAUCGCUCAGUUAUACCUUAAUAUUAGUCUUUUUACUUUAAACAGUUCCCAGUUUAGAAUAUAAGCUGAGUUUUUCAAUAGAAAACUGUCACGACGUUGAAAAUGAUUUUUUUAGUGCUAGUAAUAGGUGAGGAUGCUUUGAUAUCUUAAGAUUUUAUGAUAUGUAUCUUAUACUUAGAGGUGGAGUGGAAAAUAUAGCUGAAAACCGA